AUGGCGGGCUUUUCACUGCUGGACAAGCCGGCAGUGGCACCCGAUGGUGGCUCCUUAAGUGAAUACAAAACGCCGGUUGCGGGAGAUGAGGUCUCGCGGCCGGGAAUUGAAAUCGGAGAACGAAUCAUGGCCGCCAACAGCUUUCAUCCCCUGUCGACCGUUGGACAAUCCACCGUGGGCGAGCUGAUCCACGAGUUGCGAAACCACCAUCCCGACCGGGAAGUCGUCCUGUCGACCGCCGCACUUCCCCGCGGCGUGGCCCGCAUUGCUGUGAAGGGUGCCGAUGCAGCGGAGAACACGCUGGUGCGUUAUUGCCGAUACCUCGACGCCGAAAUUGCCACUGAAACUCGCGACCCGGAAACCGAUCCGGCCGAAACGCCCACCGUCAAGUACGAGCCCGAGCACACCAUCCGCAGCCCGCGGGCGAUCAUCUGCCCACCCGUAUCAGUCGAUGGAGCCGUGGGUGGAGCCGCUGUGCUCUCUGGACGUUGGCAAGCGGCAGUGGCCUAA